UAUAAAUUCGAAACCAUACUCCAUUUCGUAAAGAUUUUCUAAACGUUUGAGAUGGCGUUGCACGUGGCCAACUUAAUCUUGCUUUUGAUGGUCAACUCUAUCCUAUCGACGAUUGUUUACGACGAUCCUUUGUUUGAACCACGAAAUCUUAAUAACAGCCAAAAUUGCAACUUUGAGGUGUGGAAAGCAAAAGAUGGAAAAAGUUGGGUAAUGAACAACCUUUUGUUACCAAAAGAAAUUUGCUGGGAGGGCGCUAAAAAGUUGUGUGCGUGGCACAAAAUGAGAAAUGGAGUUAUUAGGAAUCUUUGUGAUAGAUAUGUUCAAGUGAAACAAUGCUUCAAAACAAAGAGGGUAUUAUCGUUUUUAAUGAACUACCCCCCGAAUGUAUAUAAUCCUGAUGUCGAUGGUGUAAGACCAAAGUAGUUGGCUCUUAAAUGACGUACUUUAGCAGACUAGAUUCUUUUGGGCUUGAAUUCCUGAUCUUGCAUGUUUUUUAUAUAUCUUAUAAAUAUUUUUUUAUUUUUGUUGUAAGUAAACAGUGCAGUAAACACUAUUUCCAGUAAUAUACAAUUCGUUAACGAGUUCGUUUUUAAAAGUGCACAUUUCUUUUUAAACAUCAAAACAUUUUACAGAAUAUUAAUGUAAAUAUUGUGA